AUGUUUGCUGGUACGAGGCAAUUGGAUAAGAUCCUGUCCUACGGAAGGACUGAAGGCGUUCACAGAGUUCUAGGAUACACUGGAAGAGAUGGCUCAGAGGCUAAAGACAUCAAGUUUGUGACUGUUAGUGUGUCGUUACAUCUUGUUUGCAGAACUGAAGGUACUACAGUACGUAGAAAUGAAAUUACUACAGCACAAAGUACUGGAUGUUACUUUUGUGGAAGAGAUGGGCACAUAAGAGCCUUCUGUUACAAAUACUGGGAGAGGAUCAGACGAAUCAUAAAUGAAGGAAAGAAGUGGUUCAGGCAAGGCUUCAGGACGUGGGUUUCAGGCACCUACCUCUAG